AUGUCAACUUUAAGUCAACAACGUAAACUAGUUGAACAAUUACGUCAAGAAGCUAAUUUAAAUCGUCGUCCUGUCUCUGAAUGUGUACAAGAAAUGAUUGUGUAUAUGGAACAGAAUCGUGAUAAAGAUUGUUUAGUUUCAGGAUUUGCUAGUAAAAAAGAUAAUCCAUUCCAAGAAAAAGGUGGAUGUGUGGUGAUUUAGGCAAUUUAGUAAAUGGAUAAUAAAACAAAAUAACUUUGACUUAAUGUUCAAUCAUUCUUAUGCUUCUUUUUUCCUUUUUUGUUUAUGUAACA